AUGAGCUUGCACAAGAGCUUCAAAAAGAAGCAGCUCAAGGGUAAUGAGGAAGGUUAUGAAAGUGAGUAUGAAGAUAGUGAUGAAGCAGAGUUGACUCCAGGAGAAAGUGAGGAUGAUGAUUUCACUGGGAGGAAAAGAAGGCAGAGGAGGGUUAUUAUCAGUGAGCUAACUGACUUUACAAAUUUUGAAUGGAGUGUGGGUUAUAGGUUCCCAAAUAGAGAGGAGUUUAGGAAGGCAGUUGCAAAGUAUGCUGUAAUUCAAGGUAAAAACCUGACAUUCACUUCUAGUAACAAGAAUAGAGGGCAGAGGUUGGAAGUGAAAUGUUUGACAAGUUGUCCAUUUAGGCUAUAUGGGUCAUGGGAUAGUAGAAGAGCUUAUUUUGUAUUGAAGACUGUGAGUGGAACCCACACAUGUACUAGGAACAUGCUGAAGAAUAGACAGUUGAAGUCUAGGUGGAUGGCAUCCCAAUUCCUAGAAAUUUUCAAAAACAGACCACAUUGGCCAGCAAAGGAAAUUCAAGAAACAGUUAGAAGAGCAUACAGGGUGUUGAUAAAGAAAGACCUUGCUUAUAAGGUGAAAUAUCAUGCCCACCAGAUGCUUCAUGGCUCAAUGAAAGAGCACUACAACAAACUUGGAAGUUAUAUAAGGACAUUGAAAGAUGCUAGUCCACACAGUGUCAUAAAUUUGGUUAAUAAUCCAAUACAAAGAGGACCAGAGCCUGUUUUCCAGAGGAUUUUUGUGUGUUUUGAUGGAAUAAAAAAAGGGUGGAUAGAAGGAUGUAGGAAGGUGUUGUGUGUUGCUUGUUUUCUCAAGACCUUCCUUGGAGGGCAACUACUGGCAGCUAUUGGAAGGGAUGCAAAUGAUCAAAUGUACCCAGUUGCUUGGGCUGUAGUUGAAGGGGAGAACAAUGACAGUUGGCACUGGUUCAUUACAGAGCUUCAAAGGUCUUUGGAACUUGGUGAUGGAAGCCACUUAGCUAUUAUAUCAGAUGAGCAUCAGUCAAUUCUAGGUGCGGUAACAAAUAUACUGCCUAGUGCUGAGCACAGACAUUGUGCUAGGCACAUAUUUGCUCACUGGCAUAAAGAUUUCAAAGGAGAUGAGAUGAAGAUGAUUUUUUGGAGGGCUGCAAAGGCAUACAACCUCACAGAUUAUAAUGAAGCUUUGGAAGAAAGGGAAAGCUGA